AUGGCCCUAACCCAAGACCCGAGGUGGCCUGCAGUCGAUUCUUUCACUCUAUCUCAAUUGCAUCCUUCAUCUCGACCAAAUUCCGCUGCACUCAAACAUGCAUUGAAAAAUUCUCGAGAGCAUGGUUUACGAGAUAUUGCGGUUUCUGCCUGCGAAGGCAAAUUCUUGGCACUUCAAUGCCGCAUGGCCAAAGUCAAGCAUGCUCUCGAAAUCGGUACCCUGGGCGGCUACAACUCCAUUUGGAUGGCUAGCGAAAAUCCCGACUUGCAUGUCACAACGGUCGAACUUGACCCCAAAACUGCCGAAGUAGCCCGCGAAAACAUCCGCUUUGCUGGUUUGUCCGACAGAGUCGAGGUAUUGGUCGGAGAUGCUACCAAAGUUAUCGAAACGCUUCAUGCAGAAAUUGAACAACAGAAGCGGCCAAGAUUCGGAUUCGUCUUCAUUGACGCCGACAUGGAAGUCAACUGGAGUUUCUUCAACCCGUCAGUGGAACUCUGCCUGCCUGGCGCAGCUAUCAUUGUCGAUAACAUUGUCCUUGGCGGUACCAUUGUAACCGAGAAAUUUCUGAGUGACAAACGAGUUGCAGGCUCUAGACAUGCUGUUGAGGUCGCAGGAGAGAACCCCAAAGUUGACGGUGUUGUGGUUCAAAUGGUCAGCUCGAAAAGUUAUGAUGGAAUCCUCUUGGCCGUGUUGAAAUAA